GCGCGGCCCGCUACUCGUACGAGGCAACGCGGUCAGUACCUACGCAGCCGGCGAGCUCGCAGCCUGAGCCGUGGCAUCUCUGUGCCGUCGUGAGCGCCUCACGUGAUCGUACUUCGCGAUCUUCAGACUAAAACACGAUUUUGGUUCCUGAUCGCCCGAUGAAUAUUUAACUACCCGACUCCCUAGCGCAGUCUACGCUACCAACGAACAUGACAACACUUUGUUGACACACUUUUACUUGUAAAAGUUUAUUAAAUAGACUAUGAUGUCGAUGGGUUAAAGUAAACAAGAUGAAGGAUAUAAGUUCAAUUUCGUGUUCGAUGGCGUCGCAUGUUUUAUUACUGCUCUUAAUUGUCGGUACUGCGACAUCUUCCGACGAAUCCCUGUUCCCGCGGUUUGUGGAACCAGUGACCAACGUGACGGUGACGGUGGGCCGCGACGCUCUGCUCGCGUGCGUUGUCGAAGACUUACGGGGCUACAAGGUGGCAUGGGUCCGCGUUGAUACGCAGACGAUCCUGAGCAUCCACCAUAACAUCAUAACGCAGAACCCGCGCAUCAGCUUGUCGUACAACGACCACCGCUCCUGGUACCUGCACAUCAAGAGCGUGCAGGAGGUGGACCGCGGGUGGUACAUGUGCCAGGUCAACACCGACCCUAUGCGCUCCAGGAAAGGAUACCUGCAGGUCGUCGUUCCUCCUGUGAUCAUCGACAAUAUGACAUCGACGGAUAUGGUGGUCCGUGAGGGAACGAACGUAACCAUGGUGUGCCGUGCCACGGGCUACCCCGAGCCCUACGUCAUGUGGCGUCGCGAGGAUGGCCAGGAGUUCAACUGCAACGGUGAAUCAGUGAACGUCGUGGACGGAGAGAACCUGACAAUAUCGAAGGUAUCGCGACUGCACAUGGGCGCGUACCUGUGCAUUGCGAGCAACGGUGUUCCACCUUCUAUCAGCAAACGCGUCAUGCUCAUGGUGCAAUUCCCACCGAUGUUAUCGAUCCCGAACCAACUGGAAGCCGCCUACGUGGGCCAAGACGUGGUGCUGGAGUGCCACACCGAAGCCUACCCCUCCUCCAUAAACUACUGGACCACUGAUCGCGGAGACAUGAUUAUAUCAGGAGUCAAAUACAUCACAAAUCUAAUUGACGAAGGAUACAGCAGGAAAAUGAAGCUAACGAUACGAAAAGUAUCAUCCAGGGACUUCUCAUCAUACCGCUGUGUGGCUAAGAACUCGCUCGGCGAAACUGAUGGAGUAAUCCGACUAGAUGAAAUAACUGCUCCACCCACGACGAGCACAGCUGUUAACUACGUCCCUACGUCUUCGGAUAAGAAAAAAGGUAAAAAUAAAAGUCGCUGGCGAGAUGGCUCUGCCGAAAACAGGGUCAUAGGAGAUUACGAGGUUGAGGAGUGGAAAGAUUCAGGAGGUACUGAUUACGAGUCCACACAAUCUUCGAAUUCGUCACAGCGUCGUUGCGGAGUCGUCGCAGUCGUGGCAGCGCUGCUAGUGACCAGCUGACACGCGCUCGCAUCCACGACAUCGUGCCAAUACCAGACGCUGUGCUAAAUGAGAUACGAUAUCUUGGAUAAGUCUAUUUGCUAUUUGUAUAGUAUAUUACUUUAUAUUAUUUGCAAACUUACGUUUCAUUGAGAGGUCUAGCCGGUGUAGUAAAAAAAAGUGAGUUUUUAACCCUUUAUAUAGUAACGGUCUCAAAAAAGACAAGCGUGUAACAUUUUUUUCUUAAUACAGAAUUUUUAGGGGUAGGUAUAGAAUGGCAAAAAGGCUUGAAUUGGGGAUUUUUUCAGUCUUGCCCGUUAAAGGGUUUAAUAAAGUAUAAAUACCAGCAUCAAAUUAUAAUUUUCGUGAAUAUUGCUCAUAGAAAUAAAGGGACACGCCGCAUGCUGUCCCAUAAUUGGUUUUGCACAUAUAUAUUUUGACAUUUAUUUUGCUGUUCUAGAAAAGUAUCGUAUGCAUAUAACGGCGUGUUACCCGAGAGUUUUAUGGACUUAUAGUAUAGGUACCCGUAGUGACGAGUAACUCUUAAAAUUUUCGGGUCUGUUAUUAUAAAAGUCAGUUUUGUAACUUCGACUGUUGCAUUUUUAGAACUCAUUGUAGCUGCUGCAUAAACUAUGUUACAAUACAUAAUGUGCAAAUCAAAUCUAUGCAGCAGUCCGUUGUAAUUGUCAGCAGCAGCAACAAGAACUGCGUAAAGUUGUUUUUAUUAAAAUUACUUAUUUAAAACAUAAUUUUAAAAGAUAUAUAAUUUCAAAUCACAAAGUCAUAUGAAAUCUCCAUCAUAGAUUUAAGAGUAAUGGUCAUAACAUGGACAUCGAAUCCUAAAAAAACGUUGUUUGUUAUUAUUUACUUUAUACGAAAUCUACAUUAAUAUUUUUAUGAAAAUGUAACUAGUGAUGUCAUUAGUGUAAAUAUAUUUUUAUUGUAAUGAUAUUAUUACCCGAUAAAACAAAGACUGAUAGAUGUAUAUGAUAAAUGUGCCAUAUCUAAUGAAUAAAUAGCGUCGCUAAUGGUAGUUACUACAUAGGUCUACAUUCAUGGAGUAGUUAUACUUGACAUUUAUUUUCUGCUUAUACAAUCGCAUAUAAAAAUUGUAAACAUGUAUUUUAGAACUUCCCAGAUGUACUGACAAUGUCAAAGACGGUUUCCGAGAGGUUUCAAGUUACUAUGAAAAAUAUCCAAAUUACUCCAAGUGUGCCGCCUAUUAGUACAUUGUGUAUUCAGGGCGGUUAACAAGAAUUUACGAACAAGUGUUAAUUUAAACCUGAAGCCGAAGGCGAGGGCUCCAUUAACACGAGUUUGUUGUUCUUUUACCGCCCGUAGCACACACAAUGUUUUUCAUCACACUUGUGGGGAAAAAACCACGUUUUAAGUGAAAUAAUUCUUAAAUACGGUGACAUUUCAACAACAUUUGUCCGCCAUAUUGUAAUUUUUGACAAGUUAGGCAUCGAAGGCACAAACCUAUCGGGCGUUCAGCCACAGUUUGAAAUUGUGUAAAAAUAUUUGAAACGGCUAUUAAAUUAAUCAAAUUAAAUAUUACACACAAAUAAAUAUAUAUAAUUUAUACACAAAUAAAAAUGUAAACGUAAGUGUUUUAAAAAAAACGAAUUAUAUCUACUUGAAAAAAACAUAAUGCCCAAUAUGCCCAUUGGCGUAAUGCAAUAAAAAAAUUACUCCCGUUGGCAUAAUUAUGCUAUUAUUAAUACGCUCAUUCCAUCUCAGUAUGCUGGCAUUGGCGUAUACGAGCAAGUGUGAUGAAAAAAUAUUAAAAGUGUUCCUUCGAUUUCUCCAAGACCCAUUCAUCUUAAUAUAAGGACAAUGGGACCAACUGUGAAGUAAAACAACUGUGAACAAAAAAUAAUUUUCUGAAUCGGUCCAGCCAUCUUUGAGAAAUCGGGGAGCAAAAAGAUCCCAUAAAAUUGGGGAACUCCUUGUUCUUGGAGUCGGUCAAAAUUUUAAUUGUAGUUAGGUACGAUGCCAAAAAUAGAGCUGUGCAAAAUGUGGCAUGAGUUCAGUGAUAGAGUACUCCGCUAAAGUAUAACAAGUCCGGAUUGAAAACGCUUCUUAAUAAAACCCAGACCCAGCUAGGGCGGCAGAGCCUUAGGUGAUGAUAAUAAGGACCUCCACGAGGCUAGUUUAUAUCAUCCCUACGCAUAUCAUACGCAUAAUUUAUUAUUUUACCGACCUUAAGUUGUCUUUAAACAUUAAAUGUAAUUAUAGAUUAUUAUUGUAAAUACAUAGACGCUGUAGUAUGUAUAUAAUGUAACGACAUUAUAACUAAAUGUGUGUAUAUGAGCAUGCCAAUUAAAAUCAAUCCUUUUAAGUGUAUGCAAUUACUAUAAGUGAAUAAAUACUUUGUAAAUAUCAUCCACAUGUGCAAUAAAGACAAUAUGGCGUGCUUUGUAAAAUAAAUACAAAAUAUAGAAUAUGUGUAAAUUAUAACAAUAACAAUAAAGCUUACGUGUGCUAAUUCUGUCAAAGUUGAUGUUAAGUUUACUCAAUGUUAGAAACUCGAUAAAGUAUGGUAUGCAUCAGUCCUUAAAACACAAUGGUAUAUCUCACUGGCCAGUUCAUAUUAAUCAUUAAGUAGUAUAUUGUAUCGUUAUAGUAGAACUGUUCUUGUAAAGUAUUAUAAAAAUAAAUGAAACCUUUUUA